AAGCGAGACUUUCCAAAGGACCAAUGACUCUGUGUCCCGUGGUCUUUCACUUUUUCCUACUCUGUAGCUAUGUCUCGAUCCCGCCAUGCAAGGCCUUCCAGAUUAGUCAGGAGGGACGAUCUAAGCAAAAAGAAAAGCAGCCAACUGAAGAAGACCUCCAAGCCAACCAAGAAAAAUGUGACAUCGGUCAAGACUGUGAGCCCUGGAAAAUUAAAGCAACUAAUUCAAGAAAGAGAUGUUAAGAAAAAAACAGAACCCAAACCACCCAUGCCAGUCAGAAGCCUUCUGACAAGAGCUGGAGCGGCACGAAUGAAUUUGGAAAGGACUGAGGUUCUUUUCCAGAACCCGGAGUCCUUAACUUGCAAUGGGUUUACAAUGGCUCUCAGAAGCACCUCUCUUAGCAGGCGACUCUCCCAGCCCCCGGUGGUCAUAGCCAAACCUAAGAAAGUUCCACCUUGUAAGAAUUUAGAAAAGCAACAUGAGUGUGAGUAUAAGGCGCUCACUGAUGUGGGAGUAAGGCACUCAGAAAAUCAAUCAGACCCAAUGCAAGACCCCCCAAUCCCUCCUGACAUAGAAAAUCUAAUUGUUGUACAAAAUUCAUCUUUAAUUAAAGGUGAGAGCCAAAAGACAGCCCAGUCUUGGUCCCAAAGGGUUGAAGAUGCCAAAAUAAAUAUCCCCAAUCACAGUGGCCCUGCAGCAGAGAUCCAUUCUAAGUCAUUGGAAGGGACACAUGGUGAAGGGCUAUUCUCUGAAAAGAUAUUAAAUGAUAUCAAGGAUUACACUAGAAUGUUUGCUCAGGACACUGAGUGUGCUCCUUUGCCCCAAAGAGCAAUAUCCAAGGUUACCUCUGAAAGAAGCCCCAGUGUUCAGUUAGAAGAUUUGGGUUCACGAGUAGAAUCUCUUAAGCUAUCUGAUUCUCACUUGGAUCCCAUCAAAAAUGAACAUGAUUGUUAUCCCACCUCCAGCUUUAAUAAGGUUGUACCUGAAUUGGACCUUAGAAACUGUUUGUCUAUUGGUGGGUCUGUAUAUCCUACCUCUUUAAUAAAACUACUCUUGGCAGGCUCAGAACAAGAAACCCUUGGUGCUAACUCAGAUCAUCAAGGGGCCCUCAAAGCUACCCUAGAUCAACAGGAAGUUUCUGGUGCUACCCCAAAUCAACAAAAAAUUCCUGAUACCAGCAGAGUCCUAGGAGAGGCCUUCAGUGCUACCCCACCUCAAUGGGAAGUUCCUGGUGCUAACCCAGUUCGUAGAGAGGCCCUAGGUGAGACAUCAAGCCUACCAGAGGUUUCUGGUGCUAUUCCAGUCCGAGGAGAGGUCUUUGGUGCCAUCGUAGACCGACAAGAAACCCUUGGUGUGAGUGGUGGUGCUGUCCCAGACCCACCUAUUUUCUUUGCUGCUCCUCCAGACCCAGUCAUCACUUAUCAUGUUCCCCGAGAAUGGCCUGAGCCCCAGAGCACUGUCUCAUCUGGGCUUGAGGCCCAGGGUGCUAUACAGAUUUUGCCUUUCGGCUACUCAGGUCACGCUCCUCAAUUAUCAUCAAACUCAGAGAAAAGUUCAGUACCUCCAGCAAUGGCUAUAAGCCAUAAAGAAAAUGAGAAGCAAGUUCAUAUCAGCUUUCUGCCAGUUUACCCUCAGAGGUUCACAUUAGUGCCUGAGAAAGAACUAUACCAGGCUUCGCUGAGUGUUGUUCCACUCUCCCAGCCCGGUCCCAGCAAAUCCAUAGGAGGGAAUUCCCAGGUCCACAUGACCAGCACGGUUAAUGUAGUCAACCCCACACUGGUAUCUACGUCAGUGUCACUUGCCAGUACCUCUUCUUCCUACACAACUUUGCUACCUACUUUGGAAAAGAAGAAACGAAAGCGAUGUGGAGUCUGCGAGCCUUGCCAACAGAAGACCAACUGUGGUGAAUGUACUUACUGUAAGAAUAGAAAGAACAGCCAUCAAAUCUGUAAGAAGAGGAAAUGUGAGGAACUAAAAAAGAAACCAUCCGUUGUUAUUCCUUUGGAGGUUAUAAAGGAAAACAAGAGGCCCCAGAGGGAAAAGAAGCCCAAAGUUUUAAAGGCAGGUUUUGACAACAAACCGGUAAAUGGCCCCAAGUCAGAAUCCAUGGAAUACGGUAGAUGUGGUCAUGGGGAAGAACAAAGAUUGGAAUUGAACCCACAUCCCCUUAAAAAUGUAACUAGAAAUGAAGAAAGCAUGACAGGUAUUGAAAUAGAGAAGUGGACACAAAACAAGAAAUCACACUUAACUGAUCAUGUCAAAGGAGCUUUUAGUGCAACUGUGACAGAAGCUGAAAAAGUGAAAAAUUCUGAAGAUGACAGGAAAAAAUUCCCACUUACUAACCUCCUUGAACCUCAAAAGUUGUUUGCACAAACUGUAAGAAACGGCAUUAAAAAUGUACACUAUUUACCAACUGAAACAAAUGUGUCAUUUAAAAAAUUUAAUAUUGAAGAAUUUGGCAAGGCACUUGAAAACAAUUCCUAUAAAUUCCUGAAAGACACUGCAAACCAUAACAAUGCCAUGAGCUCCAUCGCUACUAGUGCGAGCUGCGAUCAUCUCAAGGGGGGAAGCAAUGUAUUUGUCUUCCAGAAACCUGGCUUCAACUCCAAGUCUGUUCCAGAUCCCACAAACUUCAAUUUAAGUAGUCAUACUGGUACAUACAAUGAAAGUGAUCAGUCAAAAACUCCUGAGAAUAUACCCUUUAAAGAACCAAAAGAUGGGUCUCCACUUCAACCAAGUCUUUUAUCCUUAAUGAAAGGUAGGGGUUUAACGUUCGAGCAAUUGGUGGCCAUAGAGGCUCUGACUCAACUCUCCGAAGCUCCAUCAGAGAAUUCCUCACCAUCAAAGUCAGAGAAGGACGAAGAAACAGAGGAGAGAACAGCUGAUUUGCUUAAUAGCUGUAAAGCUCUUCUCUAUUCUGUAAGAAAAGACUUCCAAGACCCAAACUCUCAAGGGGAGCCACAAAGCCUGCCUCACUCUCCACCUUUGGAAAAGCAAAGAUCAUGCAACAUGGUGGUGUUCAAUGGCCAAAAUACCAUUUCCAAGUCACACAACAGCACAGCUACUAACCAGGCACCCACUAAGUCACAGGAAUAUUCAAAAGUCGCAAAUUCAAUAUCUCUUUUUGUACCAAAUUCAAAUUCAUCCAAAAUUGAUACCAGUAAAAAUGUUGCUCAAGGUAGAAUUACUCUUGACAGUUAUUCCAAGAAUUUACAUCAACUUCCACCAAGCAGUAAUAAAUUGGGGUAUCGUAACCAGUUACUGGACAGCAGUAAAAAGUUGGACUCAAAGGAUGAUCCAUCAUGUCAGGAUACAGCUCAUAGUCAAAUAGAGGAAGAUGUUGCAACGCAGUUAACACAACUUGCAUCAAUAAUUAAAUUCAAUUAUACAAAACCAGAGGACAGAAGAGGUGAAGGUAUACCAACAAGCCUUUCUGCACAGAAUGCACAACAAAAAUAUAGUCAGGAAAAGAGCAUAAUACAACAGAAACCUCCUUCAAGUGUACACAGUAAUCAUGGCUCAUCAUUAACAAAGCAAAAGAACAUAUCCCAGAAAAAAACAAAAUCCACUCCACCAAGGGAUCGACGAAAAAAGAAGCCUGCAGUCAUAAGUUGUGAAGAAAAUGACCCGAAGAAGCAGGAACAGUUGUCACAUGAGUAUAAUAAGUUACAUGACAUUUGGAUGGGAUCCAAAUUUCAAAAUUUUGGUCAUUUUGUCCCACGUCGUUUUCCUAUUUUCUUGGGAAAAAUUUCCCCCCUAACCAAAGUACGGAAGCCAUUGACUCAAACAAGUUCAGCAUUACAACACAAAAAAUUCUUUCCUCCACUCGCUCAGAUAAAAUUUGAAAGAUAUUGUCCUGAAUUAGCACAGGAAAAAGUGGUAAAGGUUGACUCAUUGGAUUCUUUCUCUUUAUCCCAGUUGAAAACAGAAUCCAAUGGGCAGGCGUUUACAGACAAAGCUUACAGUUCUCAGGUACAGCCAACAGGGAAUGUCAAUCAGAAAGCUCAUCCCUUGCCCCAGCCCUCCUCUCCACCUAACCAGUGCGCUAACCUGAUGGCUGGGGAUGACCAAACACGGAUUCAGCAGGAUGUUAAAGAGCAACUCGUGCAUCAGAGACAGCCAACAUUGCCUGGUAUCUCUCAUGAGAGACCGCUAUCGGACCCAGGACAAAUUCUCAGGAAUGUAAAUGUAGUAUGUUCAGGUGGAAUUACAGUGGUUUCAACCAAAAGUGAAGAGGAUGUCUGUUCAUCUAGUGUUGGAGCAUCAGAACUUUCUCCAGGAGACAGUGUGCAGAAAAGUUUUAAUGAUUAUGCCAUGAGCUACUUUACUAACCCCACAAAAAACCUGGUGUCUACAACAAAAGAUUCUGAUCUACCAACCUGCAGUUGCGUAGAUCGAGUUAUACAAAAAGACAAAGGUCCAUAUUAUACACACCUUGGGGCAGGACCAAGUGUUGCUGCUGUCAGGGAAAUCAUGGAGACUAGGUAUGGUCAAAAAGGAAAUGCGAUAAGGAUAGAAAUAGUAGUGUAUACGGGAAAAGAAGGAAAAAGCUCUCAUGGGUGUCCAAUUGCUAAGUGGGUUUUAAGAAGAAGCAGUGAUGAAGAAAAAGUUCUUUGCUUGGUUCGUCAACGGACAGGCCACCACUGUCCAACAGCUGUGAUGGUGGUGCUCAUCAUGGUGUGGGAUGGCAUUCCUCUCCCCAUGGCUGACAGAUUAUACACAGAGCUCACCGAGAGUCUAAAGUCAUACAAUGGGCAUCCCACUGACCGCAGAUGCACCCUCAAUGAAAAUCGUACCUGUACAUGUCAAGGAAUUGAUCCAGAAACUUGUGGAGCUUCAUUCUCUUUUGGCUGUUCGUGGAGUAUGUAUUUCAAUGGCUGCAAAUUUGGUAGAAGUCCAAGCCCCAGAAGAUUUAGAAUUGAUCCAAGUUCUCCCUUGCAUACCUACUAUGAAAGAAUUACUAGCGGACGUAAUCCAGAAAGAAGAUGUAUGAAACCGGAACGAAUCUGUCCGGGACACGAGGCCAUGGAAAAAAAUCUUGAAGAUAAUUUGCAGAGUUUGGCUACACGAUUAGCUCCAAUUUAUAAGCAGUAUGCUCCAAUUGCUUAUCAAAAUCAGGUGGAAUAUGAACACGUUGCCCGAGAAUGUCGGCUUGGCAGCAAGGAAGGUCGUCCUUUCUCUGGGGUCACUGCUUGCCUGGACUUCUGUGCCCAUCCUCACAGGGACAUUCACAACAUGAAUAAUGGAAGCACUGUGGUUUGUACUUUAACACGAGAAGAUAACCGCUUAUUGGGUGUUAUUCCUCAAGAUGAGCAGCUCCAUGUGCUACCUCUUUAUAAACUUUCAGACACAGAUGAGUUUGGCUCAAGGGAAGGAUUGGAAGCCAAGAUCAAAUCUGGGGCCAUCGAGGUCCUCACAGCUCGACGCAAAAAAAGAACACGUUUUACUCUGCCUGUUCCUCGUUCUGGGAAGAAAAGGGCGGCGAUGAUGACAGAGGUUCUCGCUCAUAAGAUAAGGGCGGUGGAGAAGAAACUCAUUCCUCGAAUCAAGCGGAAGAAUAACUCGAUGACAAAUAACAGUAAGACUUCAUCGCUGCCGCUUUUAGGGUGUAAAACUGAGACCUUGCAACCUGAAAUAAAAAGUGAAACUGAGCCACAUUUUAUCUUCGAAGGUUCAGACAACACUAAAACCUACUCAAUGAUCCCAUCCAUUCCUCACCCAGUGAAAGAGGCCAACUUACCUGCAGGCUUCUCAUGGUCCCCUAAGAGUACUUCGGCCACAACAGCUCCAUUUAAGAAUGACGCAACAGUCUCCUACAGGUUUUCAGAAAGAAGUAGCAAUCCCCACUGCACAAUGCCUUCUGCCAGACACAGUGGUGCUAAUGCAGCUGCUGGGGAAAGCACUGGAAUUGCACAGUCUGAUGAAUCGGCUCCUCUUCCCACCCUGUCUACUGCCAUGACGGAUUCCCUGGUUUAUUCUGAGCCUCCCACUGGUGCAACUGAGCAGCUAACUCCUAAUCAGCCAAACCAGCAGCCCUCAUUCAUCACCUCUCCUCAUGAACUCGCUCCCUCUGUCUUGGAAGAAGAUGAGCAGCAUUCUGAAGCAGAUGAGCCUCUGUCCGAUGAUCCCCUUUCGGAUGAUCCCCUGUCACCUGCUGAGGAGAAAUUGCCCCACAUUGAUGAGUAUUGGUCAGACAGCGAGCACAUCUUCUUGGAUGCCAAUAUUGGUGGGGUGGCAAUAGCACCCUCCCACGGCUCUGUUUUGAUUGAGUGUGCCCGGCGAGAGCUUCAUGCUACGACUCCUGUCCAGCAUCCAAACCGGAAUCAUCCUACACGCCUAUCUCUUGUCUUCUACCAGCAUAAAAACCUGAAUAAGCCCCAACACGGUUUUGAACUAAACAAGAUUAAAUUUGAGGCUAAAGAAGCUAAGAAUAAGAAAACUAAGGCUUCAGAGGAGAAAGACCAGGCAGCUAAUGAAGGUUCUGAACUGUCCCCUGAAAUUAAUGAAUUGAACCAAAUUCCUUCCCAUAGAGCAUUAACAUUAACCCAUGACAAUAUUGUCACCGUGUCCCCUUAUGCUCUCACACAUGUUGCAGGGCCCUAUAACCAUUGGGUCUGAAAGCUUUUCUCCCCUUCUUAAUGCCUUUGCUAGUGCAGUGUAUUUUUUCAAGGUGCUGUAAAAAGAAAGUCAUGUUAUUGUUUACUAUAUCUUCAUCUCACCCGUUUGAAGGCUGAGGUAAAAAAAAAAAAAAA